GGUUCGGUCUGUCCCUCCUUCAGACCUUCAGACGAGCAGGGACCAGGACCAGGACCAGGACCCGGGGACCAGCGAGACUCACUCGGCCUCUCGGGAAAACGAAGGAAACAGAAACCUCUUGAAUCUGAAUCUGUGAGGACCGUGUGCGGAGCCGCGAUGGUUUGCGGAGGAUACAUCUGCACCAAGAACGCUCUGUGCGCCCUCAACAUACUUUAUGUCUUGGUGAGUCUGCUGCUGAUCGGAGGGGCCGCCUGGGGGAAAUGGUUCGGCCUGGUCUCAAGCAUCCAGGUGGUGGCAGGCGUCAUCGCCGUGGGCAUCUUCCUGUUCCUGGUUGCCUUCGUGGGUCUGUGCGGCGCCCUGAAGCACCACCAGGUCCUGCUCUUCUUCUACAUGAUGAUUCUGUUCCUCGUGUUCGUGGUGCAGUUCUCGGUGUCCUGUGCCUGUCUGGCCCUGAAUAAAGACCAACAGAACCAUCUGCUGGAGAUCGGCUGGAACAAAUCCGAGGCCACUCAACUGGACGUGGAGAAAACGCUCAACUGCUGCGGCUUCUCCAACGUCAACUACAACGGCACCUGUGCUGCUACUUGCUUUAAAGACCCGUCACCAGCUUGUGAAACCUGCUCAAAUAUCAUCCAGCGGUAUGCCGGAGAGGUGCUGCGGUUUGUGGGCGGUGUCGGGCUCUUCUUCAGCUUUACAGAGAUCUUCGGAGUUUGGCUCGCCCACAGAUACAGAAAUCUCAAAGAUCCCCGAUCAAACCCUGGAGCCUUUCUAUAGCCAGGCACAGAUUAAUACAUUGCACUGCUGAAUAACUGUUUGUCCCCAUAAAUUACCUGUACAUCUGUUUAAUGCAAGGCAGAAAAAAAAGAAAGUUUUAUGGGUCUUUUCGGGCCUCUUCUCUAAAUCUUUGCUGCUCAAUUACUCUCAUUUAAAUUAUGUAACUUUUGAUCCUGAAAAUAAAUGUUGUGUCUUUAAGUUGGUUAGUACACUUAUUUACUUUUGUUACUAAGAGUUGGAGAAGAUCUUUAUCACUCAAAUAUCUGUAUGGUGCUGGAGUUAACAGCCAGUUAGCUUAGCUCAGCUUUGCUUAAAACCUUGAAACACAGGAGAACAGUUAGAAUGGCUCCGUCCAAAGCUUAUUGAUAAACACAUGCUUCUGUAUCUUUGUUAUUUCAUAAUAAAACCACCAAACUGUAAGAAGAGAGAGGAUCUGCAGGGGGGUUUUGUGACAGACGAUUUUCGGAUGGUAGCAUUGACACACUGAACACACUCACACCUCCUAUGGAACUGGAAUGCUAUCAAUUCGGGUUAUGCAGUUGUGACCACAUUCCGAGGGCCGAGAUCCGAUUGUCAUUUGUCUUCGGCCUUUUCUUGGCGCUUUAACCAUAAGACCACAAAUACAAACCAUUACUAUGGUUUUUUUCACAUGACCUGUGACCUGUAGCUGUGUCCUCCUGCUUCGUCACAGAAGCUCACAGCGACUGUGUUGACUCAACACACACACACACACCUUAUGCAAAUAAAACGCCACGAGUGUAGCACCACUCCUAGAUAAGCACUUCACAGGUGAACACACACACACACACACAGACACGCACACGCUCUGCAGACAGUGGAUUUGUGUUGGACUUGCAGGAAAAUAUUAAAAUUGGGUCCAAUCUGUUCCAGUUUGAUAGACAGUGAUCGAUAUUAUCAACCUAACAUUUUGUUUUAUUUGUGUAUUUAUUGCUCUUUGAUUUGAAUAAAAAAGUAUUACAAUCUGAGCGUAAUGAACUUAA